GUGGAGGGGGGGUUCUUCCUCGGCAUGUCCGGGUCCCGCGGCGAGGAGAUCGCGAAGCGCCGCGUCCUCGACCAGCAGCCCGACGCCGGUCGCCCGAUGGAGCUCGACGCGUUCGCUGGGCGGCUCAAGAGGUUCAUCGCGGGGCCGCUGGUGGCUUUCGCGCUGGCCGCCCUGGCGGGCGCCCUCCAGGUGCCCCGCGGGGCCGCGACGAGGGCGAAGCGGGCGGGGCUCGCCAGCGACCGACAACCUCAGCGAGAUGCGGCGAAGCCCAUCUUCGACAGGCUGCAGACAUUCUUCAGCCACGGCGGCGCGCUGGGCUUGGAGGCGUUCGACAGGCUGUUUGGCGGGUUGGGCGCCGUGUGCAGCAUGGGCGGCAUUUCCCCGCUGGCGAGUUUCUCGCGGCUGGCGAAGACCCUGGAGCAGAGGAAGGCGUUCUUCGAUCGCAAGGAGCGGGCGCCCCAUCGCAUCGGCCGUCUCGACAACCAUUCUAGACGCAUCGCGUACCCCCGCCAGCACGUCCAGAAAUGA